AUGCCCAAAUCAACCAAACUGAAAUUGAAAAAGACAUCCCCAGCACCCCCGGACUUUGCCAAGAUCCAACCCGUGAUCCAACAAUACAAAACCAAGCUCCGGCAAGCCCAGCUCACCCCGCUAACGCAAACGACACACUCGACAACAUCAUCAACCUGGCCCAUCACCAAGAUCCUCCACCAGUGCACGCGCUACGUAUCUGAGAUGCACGCGCAACAUAAGAUCAACGAUGCAUGUCUUGAGUGGUUGCUAUUACAGGACUAUGUCGAUGGGGCGUUGUUGAAAAAGUGGCGCAAGCGCGGAUAUGAGAAGUUGUGCUGUGUUGCGUGCGUUAAUACUGGUGGUAGUGGGCGAUGUGUGUGUCGGGUGCCGAAGGUGGAGAUGCUUCGGAAACAUCAAAGAGCGAAAAACGAGGAUGCGGAUGAUGAGAGCAAGAGCAAGGAUAAGGACGAGAUCAGGGAGAUUGAUGUUGAGUGCGUCACUUGUGGAUGUCGAGGUUGUGCAUCUACGGAUUAA